AUGGCCCGCAUCGACCUGCUCAACGCCCCGACGAAGCCAUGUCACAACUGCCGCCGCCGCCGCCUCCGCUGUGACCGCUCCUAUCCCCACUGCCACAAGUGUACAGCUGGCGGACAGGAGUGCCUGGGCUACGGGAAGCUGUUUCGCUGGACAGAGGGCGUCGCGAGCCGCGGCAAGCUGGCGGGGAAGACCACCAUCACCUUCUCGGCCGACACGACGACGACGACAUCGACGUUGUUGACGCCCUCGCGGGCUUCCACGCUCGAGCCUUCCGACGCCUCCGCUUCUUCGUCCGCCGCCUCCACUUCGGACCGUCGCCUCCACCACAACAACAACAACAACCACCAAGACCCUCCGGCGGCAUCUGCCGAAGAUGCCUCCACAGCUCUUGUCGUCUCUGCCGUCCGGCCCGCCGGCACCGAGACCCAGUUCACCCAGACGGCCCCCUGGACUCUCGUCGACCCUCUCUUCCAGGGGGUGGAGCAUCACUACCGGCACUACCUCUCCUACUUCACCACGCGCGUCUGCAGGGAUCUCGUCUCCUGGGACCUCCCCGAUCGGAACCCCUUCCGGUCCCUGAUCCCGCUCACCAAGGCUCAUCCCCUGCUGCAGCACAUCAUCGUUGCCGCCUCCGCUGCCCACAUGUCUAAUCUCUCCCGCGCCCUGUCGUCCGACCCAGAAUCGGAUCUAAACGCGCGGCAAGCUUUAACCGAUGCCCUGGUCGCCAAGCACAAGGCUCUGCGCCUGCUGUCUGCCGCCCUGCAGGACCUCGGCGGCAUCGGCGGCGACGUCGUCCUGGCGUCCGUGCUCUUCUUCGUCAACGUCGAGCUGAUCGAGAGCGGGAAAGACGGCUGGAAGCCCCAUCUUGAGGGUGCCGGCCGAAUCAUGUCCCACUUGUCCCCCGUUGGCACCGCGGAUGUCGCCCUGCGUGAUUAUGUCAUGUCGGAUUGCUUCAUCUAUUACAUCUUGGCCUCCGCCUUCAACGCCUCAACCCCGGCCGCCAAGUCCUACUACCAGUCCGCCCAGAUUUCCUCCAUCCUGGGCAAGGCUACUACAAACAGCUACCUCUGCUGUCCGCCCGACAUCUUGCAGAUCCUCCUGGCGGCAUCCCAGCUGUCGAACCGCACUACGGACGACCUUGAAUCUGCCGCAGACGUGGCCCAGGCCGCCGCGCAGAUACUGCAGCAGGCCCUGUCCUUUGACGUCCACGACUGGGCCUACGAGCCGCGUACCAUCUCUUACUUCAAGCACAUCCCUGUAGAGAGCCGGAUCCACGCCGGCUCGGCCCACCGCCUCGCCGCGUGUCUAUACAUACUCCACGCCCUCCCGUCGGCAUCGAUCCUCGUGCCCGUCGACCGCGAGGAGCUGGACAGCCAGAUAUUCUACCACCUCUCCUGCAUCCACGACGAGGACCCCAACUUCAAGGCGACCUGCUGGCCGACAUUCGUUGCCGGCGCGGGCACAUCCGAUCCCGAGAGGCGGAAAUGGAUCCUCAACCGCCUCAAGAUGCUCAUGAUUGCGACUCCCUGGGGCUUCAUCAUGACCGCCAUGGACACGCUGCACACCAUCUGGAACAUCGAGGAGUCUGUGGACCCGGAUACCCAGGUUGAACGGACCUGGGUCCAGAAGCUCAAGGCCUCGAACCUGAACUUCAUCAUCGUGUGA